CUUCCUUCUGAUCCAUCAACUAAGUAAUGGUUUAGCAGUUUUGGUGUAACAACAUAUAAAAUAGAUUUUCAUACAUAGAUAUUAGCUGAGACAAUUUCUUCAUCAGUGUGAGAUAUCUCCUAGUCCGGUGGAAAGGACGAGUUUCGCAAUACAAUUGUACGUCCAAACGAUACAUUUGUGGUGUGAUUAUAAAACAUCGUAUGAUAGUCGGAACUCUCCUCAGUAUUGUUGAAGGUGUUGUCCAUUUCGUGCAAUAAUAGCUUUGUUCACAGCAAAACAUGUCUGCUAACGUGGCACCGAGUGUGAGCGGGCUUCCUCCCGGAGGAUCCAACAAUGGCGUCGCGGUGGACAUGGCAAAGUGUUCCGUUGCCGAGAAAUCCGAGAACUUGGAGAACUUGGAGAGGGACAAGCUUCUCGAACCCUUCACCUACGUGGCCUCCAUGAAGGGAAAGAACUUUCGAAGGCAGUUGGGUAUCGGGAUUAAUUAUUGGUUCGGUGUAAAAGGGGAAACACUGGAUAAAGUUCUUGAAGUUGUGGACAAACUGCAUAAUGCUUCACUGGUAAUUGAUGAUAUUGAAGAUAACAGCGAAUUGCGACGAACCCUUCCAACGGCGCACCUCGUGUAUGGCACUCCCAUGUCAAUCAAUGCGGCGAAUUACGCAUAUUUCGACGUACUGAAAACAGUGCUGGAAUUUGGGACUAUUGAGGCAGCAAAAAUAUAUGCGAAUCAAAUGAUUGCCUUGCAUCAUGGCCAAGGGAUGGAAUUAUACUGGCGAGACGGGCACCAGUAUAAACUGCCUACCAAGGAAAACAACAAUGGCAAUGAGUGUGCCAAGGGUGACGCCAACAAUCCAACAACCUGCGCAACAACCUCGUCCCUCCCGACGGAAAAGGAGUAUCAAGAUGUCAUUGUUAAAAAAACAUCCGGGUUGUUCGUUUUACUCGUGGAUUUAUUAAGAGAACGAAGUGGGAAGAAAAGUGUGAACGUCACCAAACUUACAAAACUGAUGGGUUUGUGCUUUCAAGUUCGAGAUGACUUGAUGAACCUUACCUCUUCCGAGUACAAGGAAACAAAGGGGUUUUGUGAAGAUAUUUCCGAGGGGAAGUUGUCUUUCCCUGUCGUCUAUGCUCUCAAUAAUCGAACUUUCUCCUUCGAAAAACGACUCCGGCUGGUUACCAUUUUGCAUAUGAAGACAACCAGUAACGCCCUUAAAGAGGAAGCCUUUGAAAUUUUAAAAGAAAGCGGAGCAAUCCAGUACACAAAGGAAAGAUUAGUCCAGCUGAAGGAGGAAAUUGCACAAGAAAUUAAAGUGUUGGGUGGUAAUCCAAUCCUAGAGCAAAUACUUGCAAAAUUCUGGGGGUAAAUUAAAUAGUAAUUGGCGUGUAACGACAAUAUGAUUUACUUGGUUAUCUAGUUUUAUAUGUAUGUUUAUUUUUCCUUUGCUGAAAAAGUGUUAUCUUGACUAAGCUAAUAACAAGCAAUCUAAUAGAUAAUACACAUAAAAGAAGUGGACGUAUGUAUUUAUAACAGGAUAACACACACAAGACAUACACAAUUUAAGUAAUACAUAAUUAUUGCAUAAUUAUGAAAUAAAAAAAGUUAGUAAAGAACAUAUUGUUAAUAAUGCAAUAUAA